ACCGCACGGCGCACACAGCAGCAGCACACGUGCGUUCAGUCGUAUAAAAUUCUAGUCCAAAUUCGUAAUUGGAAGCGUCAAGGAGGCAACAAAAUGCAAGUCUGUGUGCAGACACGUGAUGGCAAGAGGUCCCUCUACAAGUCGCAUCGCUACGGCACCGCGGGCGACCUGAAGCUCCAGAUCGGGCAGGUGCUGCACGUGCCCAUGGGCUUCAGUCGGCUGGUAUUCAAGAAGAUGAUUCUCAAGAACCGCGAUAAGCUCGAGGAUGUCGGCGUGAAGCACAUGUCCACGCUGGACCUGUACUGGCAGCCGCUUAUCGCCACCGAGAAGCGCAUGCGCGAAAUCGAGCUGGAGGAGGAGCUGAAGGCAUUGGAGGGUCUGCUCGUUCACGAGCACAUGACGGAGUCAUACGAUCAGAUGCUGAAGACGGGCGGCAUUUCCAAAUCGAGACUAAACCACCUUCGCCUGGUCGAAGCCGCUUCGGCGGCCUCCCUCAUUCAGCCCGUUCCGAGCCCCGCUCCAUUCAUUCCAGCGCUUGCCGGUGACGGCACCAACGAUCAGUCGCUGGAGAAGGAUGAUGAGAAAGAUCUUGAGGUGAGCUCCGAGAUCUCAGACGAUGAGGUGGAGUUAUGGGACAUGCUGCGGAAUAAUUCCAAUCAGAGUUCGCCUGACGAGCUGCCCUGCAAGGAUGAGCUGGCCGUCAGCGGUGCUGUCUUGGAACUGGAGCCGGUCGUGCAGGUUCAGCCAAAGUUGGAGGCGAAGGACUCUCAGGAUUGGAGCAAGCUGGAGGUGCGUCAGGAGUCUCGCGACUGGAGCCAGCUUGAGGAGCAAAAGGAGUCUUCGGAGCUAAACGAGCCGCAGACAUGGGACGAGAUCUUAGAGGACUCGGACACUGACACGAAUAAUGAGCAGAUCAUUGCUAAUUCUCAUUAAACUCACACAAAUCUCAAGCAACAAGACAAAAGGCACCAAAUAUCAGUUACAUUUCCACACCAAAAUUCAAACAUUCCGACAGAUCAAAAUAAUUUCCACAUUUUCAUUCCAAUUUGCAAUAAAAUCCGUUUCAC